GCAUGCAUACCAACAGUUACAGAGAGAUAACAAGUAUAUGUAUCAGAAUGAAGACUUUUAUAAGGCUGCUAUCUGUCCUCUUUGUCACCUCUUUCUUCAGUGUGUUACUUUGGCACUACUUUACACACACUUCUGCGGGUCUUCGAAGGCCACAUGAUACCGAGGAAUUGGCUAACAGUUCUGCAGCUCUCAGAAGUUCGCUCAACAUUAAAAACCAUGAUGCAAAGCCGAAUGAUGUAGCUGCCAGCGAUCUAGACAAAGUUAAACAAAAUCCUGCAAAGAGCAAUCAUGUGGCUGCCAGCAAAAUGAAAGAAAAUCCUGCAAAGAGCAAUGAUGUUGCUGCCAAUGAUCCAGAUAAAGUUAAACAAAAUCCUGCAAAGAGCAAUGAUGUUGCUGCCAAUAAAGUUAAACAAAAUCCUGCAAAGAGCAAUGAUGUUGCUGCCAGCGAUCCAGACAAAGUUAAACAAAAUCCUGCAAAGAGCAAAGAAAAUGAAAUUAUUCAAAGCCUCUUAGCAAUUUACACUUCCAAAUGGAAAAAGCAGGAGGACAACAUUAAAUUCUUCAGGUCACUUCUAAGAAACAAUAGCGAUGCUAUUUCCAAUGCAACGGUUACACAAGACAACUCACCUGUAGGCAAAAAAAUUACUUAUGAUGGAGAUUUUAAAAGAACACAAGAGGUGACUCCAGCUCUGUUCAGGCUAUUUCCCAAGGAAAGUCCCUUUAAAUAUGCACCAUGGGAUUCAUGUGCUGUUGUAGGCAACGGAGGAAUCAUAGCCAACAGCAGCUGCGGAAAACAAAUCGACUCUUCCUCAUAUGUCAUCAGGUGUAAUCUUCCACCACUGAACAAUGGACAUGAAAGAGACACGGGACACAAAACAAACCUUGUCACAGCCAACCCAAGCAUCUUUUUUGAAAAGUACCAUGCAUUAAAUGAGCGCCGGCGGUCAUUUGUGGAGGAUAUUCAGAUAUACGGGGAUGCUCUACUAUUUCUGCCUGCAUUUUCAUUUAGCCGGAACAUGGCUGUGUCCCUGCGUGUCAUCUACGCUAUCGAGGACAUCAAUAUCAAUGGCCCACGGCCUGUCUUCUUAAACCCAAUGUACCUGAGAAGCCUGGCAAAAUUUUGGCGUGCUCAGGGAAUUCAUUCAUUGCGCCUCAGUACUGGUAUAAUGAUGGUCAGCUUGGCACUGGAGCUCUGCGACAACGUCCAUUUGUAUGGUUUCUGGCCCUUUGGAAUACACCCGUACACCCACCAAAAGCUCAGCAACCACUACUAUGAUAACCGCCCGGUAAAUAAGAGAGUGCAUGCGAUGCCAGCUGAAUUUAAAGCCUUAUUGGAUCUCCAUAACAAGGGUGUGAUCCGUCUGCACCUAGAGGAGUGCAAAUAUUAAAAUAUGUGGAGUGACCUCUAUUAAACUGUGCCUCAAUUUUAGCAUAAGUAUACACUUUCAUUUCCUACUGAACUUCCUAACAAAAAUAGUUCAAUAGAAGAACGAACAUUGAAUUACUCAAUGAAAGCUGAAGCAGGUACGCCUUAGUAUAGAGUCUUUGUAAAGAAAAAUAAAUCAGAGAGAAAUUCAUAUUUCAGUGGAUUUAUGGUAAAGUAAAUACUAUUUUUAUUUAUUAUUUAUUGAAGGUCACACUGUGAAACAAUAAUAAUAAUAAUAAUAAUAAUAAUAAUAAUAAUAAUAAUAAUAAUAAUAAUAAUAAGGGGGGCACGGUGGCUUAGUGGUCGGGGUUCGAUUCCCACCUCCACCAUGUGUGGAGUUUGCAUGUUCUCCCCGUGCCUCGGGUGUUUCCUCCGGGUACUCCGGUUUCCUCCCCCGGUCCAAAGACAUGCAUGGUAGGUUGAUUGGCAUCUCUGGAAAAUUGUCCGUAGUGUGUGAUUGUGUGAGUGAAUGAGAGUGUGUGUGUGCCCUGUGAUGGGUUGGCACUCCGUCCAGGGUGUAUCCUGCCUUGAUGCCCGAUGACGCCUGAGAUAGGCACAGGCUCCCCGUGACCCGAGGUAGUUCGGAUAAGCGGUAGAAAAUGAAUGAAUGAAUGAAUGAAUAAUGAUGUGAAACAAUAAUAAUUAAACCCCUUGUAGUUUUAUCUGUGUAACUAUGUGAUUAUCCAGCUGCUGGUCAAAUGUCAACUCCUGAAGAAAUUGGUGUUCAUUUGUAUUAAUGUAUUUUUAAGAUUGACUUUAAAAUGCACUUUAAAAAGGGUUUUGCAUUGGAACACUUUCUGAAGUAGUUUUUUUUUUUUUA